CGCUAAAACUUUAGACUUAUCAAAAGUCCAUAGCCACCAUCCUGGGUGCAGGUGGGUCCUAGGAUCUGGGGGCACCUGGCGUCCAGGCCCCGAGCGUACUUCCCAGGAGGGUGACACGCUCCCCUGAAGACCGGAGUAGCCAGACUGACCAACUUCCUGUGUGCUGCCAUGGAGGAACAACAAUCAGAUCUCAGCAUCGAACCUCCCCUGAGUCAGGAGACAUUUUCAGACUUAUGGAAACUGCUUCCUCAGAACAAUGUUCUGUCCACCCCACUGUCACCCAAUUCCAUGGAAGAUCUACUGCUGUCCCCAGAAGAUGUUGCAAACUGGUUAGAUGAUCCAGAUGAGGCCCUCCAAGUGCCAGCAGCUGCUAUAACAGGGGACCCUGUGACAGAAACCUCUGCACCAGUGGCUCCUCCACCAGCCACCCCCUGGCCUCUAUCAUCUUCAGUCCCUUCCCAAAAAACCUACCAGGGCAGCUAUGGUUUCCGUCUGGGCUUUCUGCACUCAGGGACAGCCAAAUCUGUCACAUGCACGUACUCCCCGCCCCUGAACAAGCUGUUCUGCCAGCUGGCAAAGACAUGUCCUGUGCAGCUGUGGGUCGACUCUACACCUCCACCUGGCACCCGUGUCCGUGCCAUGGCCAUCUACAAGAAGUCACAACACAUGACAGAAGUUGUAAAGCGCUGCCCCCACCAUGAGCGCUGCUCUGACAGCGAUGGCCUGGCUCCUCCUCAACAUCUCAUCCGUGUGGAAGGAAAUUUACGUGCAGAGUAUUUGGAUGACAAGCACACUUUUCGACACAGUGUGGUGGUACCAUAUGAGCCACCUGAGGUUGGCUCUGACUGUACUACCAUCCACUACAACUAUAUGUGUAAUAGCUCCUGCAUGGGAGGCAUGAACCGGAGGCCUAUCCUCACUAUUAUCACACUGGAAGACUCCAGUGGAAACCUGCUAGGACGGAACAGCUUUGAGGUUCGAGUUUGUGCCUGUCCUGGAAGAGACCGUCGUACAGAGGAAGAAAAUUUCCGCAAAAAGGGGGAGCUGUGCCCUGAACUGCCCCCUGGGAGCACUAAGCGAGCACUGCCCACUGGCACAAGCUCUUCUCCCCAACCAAAGAAGAAACCACUAGACGGAGAAUAUUUCACCCUUAAGAUCCGUGGGCGUGAACGCUUCGAGAUGUUCCGGGAGCUGAAUGAAGCCUUGGAACUCAAGGAUACUCAGGCUGAAAAGGACUCAGGGGAGAGCAGGGCUCACUCCAGCUACCUGAAGUCCAAGAAGGGCCAGUCUACCUCCCGUCAUAAAAAACUAAUGAUCAAGAGAGAAGGGCCUGACUCAGACUGAUACCCUCAUCUCCUAUCCCCUAUCAGCAGCCUCCCACCCAUCCUUCCCUGGCAUUUUAUGACUUGGGUGCUUGAACCCCUGCUUGGGUUGACCUAGGCAUCACUGAUGUUUGGGAAGGGUGGUGGGAGCUAAGAUGCAUUAGCUUAGCUUUUAAGUUUUUUUCUGAAAACAGUUUAGAAGAGAGGAAGAAAAUGUUCUUGUAGGUGGGGUUAGAAUUUGGCCAUAUGGUAUGUUGAAGCCCCACCCAGUUCUCUAACCAAGAAAGUAUCUCAAGUUUACUUUUCCCAACUGGAAUAGCUGUGGAAUACAGAUCAUCAUACCUACAGGGUUUUUUUGGGGUUUUUUUGGUCAGGAUUAAUGAAAUCAUGUUUUUCCAUUCAACCACCUUUUAUUACCUUGUGGCUGAGUACUGGCCCCCUCUGUGAGUGCUGGUUCCUUACCCCUGUUGAGGGAUAGGUUAGUAGUUGCCAAGUCUCUGUUGGCCCAGCGAAAUCCUAUCCAGCUAUUUGUUGAACCCUGGCACCUAAAAUGAAAUUUCACCCUAUCCCACACCCUGUAAGAUUCUAUCUUGGGCUCUCAUAGGGUCCAUAUCCACUAGACCCAUUCCCCCUCCCCCCACUCAGGAUCAGUUCUUCCUAUUCUGCAAAGCACAACUGCAUUUAUUACCCUACCCCCUCUCCCUUUUUAUAGCCCCCUUUUAUAUAUCAAACUCCCAUUUUACAAUAAAACUUUGCUAUCA